GACUGUUACUGUAGAGGCGCUCUGACGCGUCAACGCGAGCGGAACGAGAAUGCGCCCAUAGCCGCAGGACACUGGCCGGGACUCGCUGUUUUGAUUCAAAAUGGCGGAGGGCACACCCCAGCUUCCUCUUGCUGCAAUGCUGCUAUUCGGGCUGCUGCUCCACACAGUGUCCCAGCAUGGACCCACAGCUGAUAAACCCAAAGAGAAACCCAAUUUCAUCAUCGUACUGGCAGAUGACAUUGGCUGGGGUGAUCUGGAUGCUAAUCAGCUCGAAGAGAGGGCAAACAACACACCUUACCUCAACCUGAUGGCCCUGCAAGGACUACGGAUGACCGACUUCCACUCCCCAGCCUCGACAUGCUCUCCGUCCCGUGCUGCUAUCCUGACAGGUCGUUAUGGCCUAAGAAACGGGGUGACUCACAACUUCGGGGUGAAUUCUGUAGUUGGCCUGCCUCUGUCUGAAGUUACCUUACCCCAGCUACUACAGAAGGCAGGAUAUCACACUGCCAUGAUUGGGAAAUGGCAUCUUGGACACAAUGGACUAUACAGUCCAACUAACAGAGGUUUUGACUACUACUUAGGUAUUCCCUUCAGUAAUGACAUGGGAUGUACUGAUAUCCCAGGAUAUAACCUGCCCCAGUGCCUCCCCUGUGACUCACAUGGACCACAAGUGAUCAGAUUGAAGAGGAACAUACAUGGAGGUUGUUAUUCCAGAAUCGGCCUUCCUCUGAUUGAAAAUAGCACUAUUGUGGAGCAGCCGCUUGACCUGUGGACACUAACAGAGCAAUACAAGUCUGCUGCACUCCGGAUUAUACACAAUGCAAGUGAGCGAGGACAACCUUAUCUGCUCUACAUAGCACUUGCUCAUAUGCACGUCCCCUUGGCCCCUCCACUAUCUCCAGAUGCCCCUACCACUGAUAAUCACCCAAAUAGUGGAGUGUAUGCUGCCAGUCUGCGAGAGCUGGAUAGUCUGGUUGGGGCAAUAAAGAAUGCUUCUGAGGCCACAGACAGAGACAAUACACUUAUCUGGUUCACUGGUGACAACGGUCCAUGGGAACAGAAAUGCCAGUAUGCAGGAAGCGUAGGGCCCUUCAGAGGCAAAUGGCAGACCAGCAAAGGUGGCGGUUCAGCUAAGCAGACUACGUGGGAGGGUGGUCACAGAGUGCCUACAGUGGCUUAUUGGCCUGGAAGGAUUCCUGCAAAUACCACCAGCUCGGCCCUGCUCAGUGGUAUGGACAUCUUCCCAACUGUUCUGUCUCUGGCGGGGGUAACACUCCCUUCUGACAGACGUUAUGAUGGCAUUGAUGCCACAAAUAUCCUCCUACAUGGUGAACAGUUGGGCCAUGAGUUUCUCUUCCACCCUAACAGUGGUGCUGCAGGGAGGUUUGGUGACCUUCAGACAGUUCGCAGUGGGAGACACAAAGCUUUCUACAUCACAGGUGCAGCAGAAGCAUGCGGUGGAGAAACAGGAAAGCAGCAGGUCCACGAUCCUCCACUAAUAUUUGAUCUUGAGCGUGAUGAGGCUGAGGAAACACCUUUGGAUGUCAAGACAACUGAAUACCAGGUGGUAGCGGAGAGGAUCGCUCGGAGGAGGGAGAAGCUAUUAUGGGACAUCGCCACUGACAAGUCAGUGUCCAUCGCAGAUUACAGGACAGACGAGUCAGCAGCACCGUGCUGUGACCUGACACAGACUGUUUGUCGUUGCCCCAGGCUGGGUUGAGAGUGGGAUUCACAUGUAAACACUCACACAAGAGGCUGAUAAGACAGGCUCACAGCUGGAGAAACAAGUCUCACUCUUUAAAAAAAUGUGAUUAGCACUUUGUUUGUAGAAGAAGCCAUUAGUGAAGGGGUUCAAUGGCCAGAGGCUACAGGACAUGUACAAACAAGAUGAGAGGGCAAAGAGAAGUAGGUGGAUGAACUUUGGCCUGUUAGUAAAACAGUGGCUGGAGUAAUUCUCAGUAAUUUUAGAAAAAUAACACAUCUUAUAUCAGAUCAUAAGACAUACUAAAUUUAGUGGAUAGGAUUGGGCUUAGGGCAGAGACUUUUGU